AUGCCGUCCGCAAUGACAGACUCGGAGCGAUCUCGGCGUACGGAAAAUUGGAUUCCCACAUCCACCCGCGGCGGCGUCUUUUACUGCCCCAGAUAUCUCCUCGACCCUCCAGCUGCACAACAAAACCGCCUGCCAACGCCGCCCAUCCGCGCUCGUCAAGUGAGGCCGCGAUCGAUACACAUCACCUCGUGGCCGUCUGGUUUCGUACCUCACGAACUGAGACCCCAGCCUGAGCGCCCCGUCAAGAGGAGGAAGCCAUCCAACCCCGUCUCGCCCGCUACGACGUCGCUGGGAAAGACGUCGUUGAAGUUCAGCUUUAAGCAAUUUUUCUCCCUCUCCCAGAAACAGGUCCCGAGCCGAUCCGCCUCGAGCGCUUCCACCCCUUCGAGGCCGCCCCUCUCGAGACCACCCAGCAGGGCCACGAGCCUUCUCAACAGACUCUCCAGCUACCGCGAGGUGGACCUGGUCGUGCCCGAGGAAGACACGAUGGCGCUGCGAUCGGCCGCCAUGUCCGAAACCAUGAGGCCGCCUCUGAUGUCCUCUGCCUACAACACCCCCGGCCAGCGCAGCAGCUUGAUGUCGGUCCGGAGCGCCAAGAGCAACGUGACAUCGAUGGUGACGGAAAUCCCCAAGCCCGUCGCGCACGGCAGCGGCGUCAGCUGCUCGAUCCUCAUGGCCGAGCCCAACGUCUUCCUGACCGGUUUCGACCACGACGGCCACCGGCAACACUCGCAGGGCGGCACGGCGCUGCUGCGCGGAAAGCUGCAGCUAAAGGUCACCAAGAACGUCAAGAUCAAGGGCGUCAGCCUGAAGUUGGUGGGAAAGGCGCGGACGGAAUGGCCCGAGGGCAUCCCGCCGCUCAAGGUCGACCUUUACGAGGAGGAGUCGCUGCGGACGCAGGUCCUGACCUUCUUCAACGCCGUCAAUGACGGAUGGGAGUCCGAGUACGGCAACCAGUGUGUCUACACGCUCAAGAACAGCUCCACGAACUCUUCGUCGACGAACCUCGCCCCCGGCUCCCCCCGCAACUCAAUCUCGCCGUCGCUGCUGUCGGUGCCGCCCAACUCCAACAGCAGGCAAGGCAUGACGGCGAGGGAGCUGAAGCGUCUCUCGCUGCAAUCAAACCAAUCGCGCAGCUUCGGCAAGGGCGACAACCCCAGCGGCAACCAGGCCAAGGGUUACAAGGUCUUCUACCCCGGCGUGUACGAAUAUAACUUUGAGCUGCCCAUCGACCACCACCAGCUCGAGACCACCAAGCUGCAAUACGGCUCCGUCAAAUGGGAGCUGCAGGCGACCGUCGAGCGGGCCGGCGCCUUCAAGCCGAACUUGCACGGGUCCAAGGAAGUGGCCAUCGUGCGCGUGCCCGACCAGCUGUCGCUGGAAAUGACGGAGCCCAUCUCCAUCAGCCGCCAGUGGGAGGACCAGCUGCACUACGACAUUGUCAUCUCCGGCAAGUCGUUCCCCAUCGGCACCAAGAUCCCAAUCGCCUUCAAGCUCACGCCGCUUGCCAAGGUCCAGGUCCACAAGCUCAAGGUCUUCGUCACCGAGUCGGUCGAGUACUGGACCAACGACCGCAGGGUCACGCGCAAGGACCCGGGCAGGAAGAUCCUGUUGCUCGAGAAGACUGCGGGAAAGGCUCUGGAUCCCGCCUACGCCUCGUCGGACGUCCGCGUGCUCAACGGCGGCGAGCUGACGCCGCGUCAGCGUCGCGAGGCCCGCGAGUCUGCGGCCGUGCGUCGUGCUGCCGAGGCUUCCCGCCACGGCAUGAUGCCAGACCCUCUACCCGAACCGGUCGACAACAUCCUGGGCGAUCUGGACCUCGGCCUGGAGAGCUACUGGGGCUCGACCGAGAUCGAGAUGAAUGUCCAGCUGCCAACUUGCGACACCAUGGCCAAGAGCAAGGAGCUGCGCCUGCACCCCGACUGCAGUUGGAAGAACGUCAACGUGUACCACUGGAUCAAGAUCGUCAUGAGGAUUUCUCGCCUCGACCCCGAUGAUCCCACUGGCACCAAGCGCCGUCACUUCGAGAUCAGCAUCGACUCGCCGUUCACGGUCCUCAACUGCCGCGCCACGCAGGCCAACACCUCUCUGCCCGAGUACUCGGGCCCUGACGCGUGUGCCAACCAGAGCCGCCAGACCUCCUGCGGCUGCCCCGACGCCGUGACCAUCUCCGGGCCCCCAGAGGGCUCGCCGAACAACCUGUCGACCGGCGCCCUCACCGUCGUGGACGGCUCCGACAACCUUCCGGCACCGCCGCAGGCGGCACACCUCCCUUCCUCCCCGCAGCCCAGCACCACCACCGCCACCGCCAGCGGCCACAGACGGAACCCACCACCGAACUCCCAGACGAACGCGGACUCGUUCUCCGACACUCAACCGCGCCCGAUCCACCUCCUCCGCGUGCCGUCGUACAACCCCCCCGCCUUCGACGCCGAGGUACCACCGCCGCCCGCAGAGGAGCAGCUGCGGCUGCAGACACCGCCGCCCCAGUACGACGUCAUCGUCGGCACCCCCAGCGUGGACGGCAUGGCGGACUACUUUGCGCGCCUCGCGGACUACGGCUACGACGAGCCCGAGGACUCGGACGAGGACGAGGGCCCGGCCCGCAUCACGGAGCGCGGCGGGCGCGUCAACGUCGCGCACCCCCGCACGCCGGGCGGCCGACGCGCGCCCAGCCGGAGCAUGGAGAUCCAGCGACCCCCCCUGGAGCCGAGGAUGGAGUCGCUGCCCGCACUUCGAAGGAACGACGUGCCGUCACAAAUUAACUGA